AUGACCCCAGUUCAGUACCGGGGUGUCACCAGGGAUCCAAGCUUAGAUCAAUGGUACGCCAUACUUGGUGAUCUGCUUUUGGACUGGCCCGAUUGUGGAGAACAGUUGGUAAAUUUGACACACGUGGAAAUCCAUCCGCAGUAUAACCGGUUAACCCGAUACGACUACGACGUGGCCCUUGUCAGACUGGCCGCGGAAGCACGGAUCGGAUCUGCCGUACGACCGAUAUCGCAAGCGGUUUCAAACGAACUACGUCAUUUGAGAGUACCACUGUUGAACGUGACCGUGUGCAACGCCACCGAGGCUUACCGGAAUCGACUAACCUCAUCCAUGUUGUGUGCUGGUUAUCUGUCAGGCGUGCGUGAUUCGUGCAAAGGCGACAGCGGUGGGCCGUUAAUGUGUCAAGCCGGCUCGACAGGGAUCUGGCACCAGAUCGGUAUCGUGUCCUUUGGCAAGCAGUGUGCAAUGUAUGAUCUCCAACAAUUAUUACCUGGUAUCGGUCUGAUGGUAGCAAUCUUUAUCGUAACCAGUGAUGCAAAGGCCGAAAUGGUGGGCACUAUCCGAUCUCCAUAG